AGACUCCAAACGAAAACACAAGCCAGGAAUAAUGAGAUUCUUCAAAUGCGGUGAAAAGCACCAGAAAGUGGGUGACAUUUCCGUUUGAAACCAGGAUUUGGAGCUUCUUCUUUGUAUUAUUCUUGUUUUUUUUUACAAGCACAUUUAAUGGACACCCUUUCUGAAUGCUUAUUGCAUGGAUUGAACACCACACACUGGAUGUGAAAGAGGGGAAGAUCCCUCCUACUUGAGUCCGAGCGGCCAUCCAAAGUGUUCCUCUUUUCAAGUGCACAGCCACAAGAUUUGAGCCAUGCCCUGCGUCCAGGCUCAGUAUGGAUCAUCACCCCAAGGAGCCAGUCCUGCUUCCCAGAGCUACAGCUACCACACCGCGGGAGAAUACAGCUGCGACUUCCUCACGCCAGAGUUUGUGAAGUUUAGCAUGGACUUGACCAACACCGAGAUCACAGCCACCACUUCCCUGCCCAGCUUCAGCACCUUCAUGGACAACUAUAGCGCGGGCUACGACGUCAAGCCGCCCUGUCUCUACCAGAUGCCCCACGCCGGGGAGCAGUCAUCCAUCAAGGUGGAGGACGUGCAAAUGCACACCUACCACCACCAGCAGAGCCACCUGCCUCCCCAAUCCGAAGACAUGAUGCCCCACUCGGGGCCUAUGUACUUCAAACCCUCCUCGCCUCACGCUCCGAACACGCCCAACUUCCAGGUGCAGCCCGGCUCCAUGUGGGAGGACCCCGGCUCCUUGCAUACCUUCCACCACAACUACGUGGCGGCUACGUCUCAUAUGAUGGAGCAGCAGCGCAAGAACCCGGUGUCCAGGCUCUCGCUCUUCUCCUUCAAGCAAUCCCCUCCCGGUACUCCGGUGUCCAGCUGUCAGAUGAGAUUCGACGGCCCGCUGCAUGUCUCCAUGAGCCAUGAUAGUGCAGCGGCGGCGGCUGCGGCGGCUGCUGCGCACCGCGGCCUGGACGCGCAGAGUUUCGCGGUGCCCAGCGCCCUCCGCAAACAGGCCGGUUUGGCCUUCCCGCACUCGCUGCAGCUGGGCCACGGACACCAGCUGGUGGACAGCCAAGUGCCGUCUCCGCCUUCCCGUGGCUCGCCGUCCAAUGAGGGACUCUGCGCGGUAUGCGGGGACAACGCGGCCUGCCAGCACUACGGGGUUCGAACCUGCGAGGGCUGCAAGGGAUUUUUCAAGCGCACCGUGCAGAAAAACGCCAAAUAUGUGUGCCUAGCCAAUAAAAACUGUCCUGUUGACAAACGCAGAAGAAACCGUUGCCAGUUCUGCCGUUUUCAGAAGUGCCUUGUGGUUGGAAUGGUGAGAGAAGUGGUGAGAACUGAUAAUCUAAAAGGUCGAAGAGGACGCCUGCCAUCCAAACCUAAAAGCCCCCAGGAGCCCUCACCCCCGUCUCCCCCAGUGAGCCUCAUAAGCGCUCUGGUUCGGGCCCAUGUGGAUUCCAACCCUUCCAUGUCAGCGCUGGAUUACUCCAGGUUCCAGGCCAACCCGGACUACCAAAUGAGCGGAGACAACACUCAGCACAUCCAGCAGUUCUACGACCUGCUGACGGGCUCCAUGGAGAUCAUCCGGGGCUGGGCUGAGAAGAUCCCGGGUUUCUGUGAGCUGCCCAAGCAGGACCAAGACCUCCUCUUUGAGUCUGCCUUCCUGGAACUCUUCGUCCUGAGGCUUGCCUACCGGUCUAACCCGGUGGAAGGUAAAUUAAUUUUCUGUAACGGAGUGGUGCUGCACAGGCUGCAGUGCGUGCGUGGAUUCGGCGAGUGGGUGGACGCCAUCGUGGAGUUUUCUUCCAACUUGCAGGGCAUGAAUAUAGACAUCUCUGCCUUCUCUUGCAUCGCUGCCCUCGCCAUGGUCACAGAGAGACACGGCCUGAGGGAGCCCAAGCGUGUGGAGGAGCUGCAGAACAAGAUCAUCAACUGCCUGAAAGACCAAGUGACGUUCACCAGCGGCGGCUUGAACCGACCCAACUACCUGUCCAAACUUUUGGGAAAGCUGCCCGAACUGCGCACUUUGUGCACUCAAGGUCUGCAGCGUAUCUUUUACCUCAAACUAGAAGACAUAGUGCCUCCUCCCGCCAUCAUUGACAAACUCUUCCUUGAUACGCUACCUUUCUGAGUGGAGCCCACACACCCAACAAGAACUUCUUCCACAUGAUAAAUAUAUAUGUAACAUUUUAAACUAUUAUUUAUCAAGAAGGAGGAGAAAGGGGGGAAAUGGGGGGGUGUUUAAUUUACUUCAUUGCCACCAGUGGAUCAUCCUGUCUUUAGCACCAUGAGAUGUAAUAUAUAUUCCAUUUAUAUAUAUAAAUAUAUAUAUAAUGUAAAUGCGACCAUGUGCGUGGACACUGUAUAUUAUUAUAAUAGAUGACGCAUCACUUUAUAACACAUGUACAAAGUUUCUUAUUAUAAUGAAAAUAUUUAAUUCUUUUUUUAAAAACCAUGUGUUUCUGACAGCAUCUCCAAAAUGUUCCAGAAAAGGCAACGCAUGUGUAACUAUGAUUAUUAUUAUUAUUAUUAUGAUUUAAUUUAUUUGUUAUAUAGGCACAUUCAGAUGUGAUGUCUAUAUCUCCUAUAUACCGGACACUAUGUAGUCUGCUAGAUUUGAUACCAAUAUAGUUGGCACUCCUCUGAAGGCAUCAAAUAUUAUUAUUACAAUGAUGAUGAUGAUGAUGAAUAUGUCUCCUGUGUAUAGAGCACCAAGGAGGAGCCAUUGUGUUUGUUCAACUGUCACAUUCCUUGUUUGUAUGUGUGCUGUAAGUAUUGUUGCUGUUCAAUAUAAACAUUUCUUCUAUA